AUGGCGACUCUUAAAGACCGUUUACCCGCGCCCAAAUCAACAGCCACGACGUUCUACGACCACUCCAACGAUCCAUGGUUCAAAAACCGUUUCACCGAAUCCGAGUCGGAGAAAACCGCCGCCGUGACCUUCAAAUCAGUGCCUGCUUACCUGAAGCGUCAAGGUUUCCGUCCGAGGAACCCCGAGGAUUUCGGAGACGGUGGUGCCUUCCCGGAGAUUCACGUUGCUCAGUAUCCUCUCGGCAUGGGCAAGAACAAAUCCAACAAGCCUGGUUCCAAGACGCUCCCUGUUACUGUGGAUGCUCAGGGAAACGUGGUCUUUGACGCCAUUGUGAGGCAGAAUGAGAACUCGAAGAAGAUUGUUUACUCUCAGCACAAGGACCUUGUUCCGAAGAUACUGAAAAACGAGGGAGAUUUAGAUGCUGUUGUGGACGAAGAGGAGGAGCUGCAGAAGGAGAUUGAGGAGACUAGGGAAGAAACAAUAGCUGCCAUUGAGAAGAUUGUGAACGUGAGACUUAGCGCAGCGCAGCCUAACAAUAUCCCGAGGCAAUCCGGUGAAUCAAAGUGCAUCAAGUACAAGCCGUCACAGCAAUCUUCAGCUUUCAAUUCCGGUGCUAAAGAGAGGAUCAUUAGGAUGGUUGAGAUGCCUGUAGACCCACUUGAUCCACCAAAGUUCAAGCACAAGAGAGUGCCAAGAGCUUCUGGCUCUCCUCCUGUUCCGGUCAUGCAUUCUCCGCCAAGGCCUGUUACCGUCAAGGACCAACAAGACUGGAAAAUCCCUCCUUGUAUCUCAAACUGGAAGAAUCCGAAAGGUUACACUAUCCCUCUUGAUAAACGUCUUGCUGCUGAUGGAAGAGGGUUGCAAGAUGUUCAGAUUAAUGAUAACUUUGCCAAGUUGUCAGAGGCUCUCUAUGUAGCUGAGCAGAAAGCUAGAGAGGCUGUUUCAAUGCGGUCGAAGGUGCAGAGAGAUAUGUUGAUGAAGGAGAAGGAAAGGAAAGAGCAGGAACUGAGAGCUCUUGCUCAGAAAGCUCGUUCUGAGAGAACCGGUGCUGGUGCUCCGGCGAGCAUGCCUGUCGAGAGGGGGAGGAGUGAGAGUGUUGACCCGAGGGGUGAUUAUGACUAUGACCGCGAGAGAGAGCCGGUGAGGGAAAGGGAAAGAGAGAGAGAAAGAGAGAGGGAUGGUCCAAAAGAGAGUAGAGAGGAAAGGGAAGAGAGGAUGCAGAGGGAGAAGAUCAGAGAAGAGCGUCGCAGGGAGAGAGAGAGGGAGAGAAGGCUGGAAGCUAAAGAUGCUGCAAUGGGGAAGAAGAGCAAGAUCACUAGAGACAGAGACCGUGACAUCAGUGAGAAAGUUGCUCUCGGAAUGGCCUCCACCGGAAACAAAGGCGGCGAAGUCAUGUACGACCAGCGUCUGUUUAACCAAGAGAAAGGAAUGGAAUCCGGUUUCGCCACCGACGACCAGUACAACGUAUACGACAAGGGCUUGUUCACUGCACAGCCCACUCUUUCGACGCUGUACAAGCCGAAGAAGGACACGGAUGAAGAAAUGUACGGAAACGCUGAUGAGCAGCUUGAUAAGCUGAAGAACACGGAGAGAUUUAAACCGGACAGAGCCUUCACCGGCGCUUCCGAGAGAUCCGGUAAGAGAGAACGACCGGUUGAGUUUGAGAAGGAAGAGGAAGAUCCUUUCGGUCUUGACCGGUUUGUCAGCGAUGUGAAGAAAGCUAAUAAGAAACCUUUGGACAAAAUUGGUUCCGGUGGAACCAUGAGAGCUAGCGGCGGCGGCGGUAGCUCCUCCAGGGAUGAUUACGGUGGUUCUGGUCGGACCAAGAUCAAUUUCGAACGUGGUGAUCGUUAA